AUCGUGUUCACAUUUCUUUCUUCAACUCAACCAUUGUUUUCUAAUCUGCAUAUUUGUCAACCUCUCCAUACAAAGCACACCAGUAGACUUAUUCUCACCCAUGGAAAUUUCUCCUUUCCCAUUUCUUAAUCAAGACGAGUUUUCCCACUUCUUGGGUCUCUUCCCUGAAAUGGGUAAGGGGAGCUCCAAUUUAAAGAAGCGGAAAAAAGGAAAGGACGAUGAAGAGUUAAUGAAAAGUGCUUGGAGUGAUAUCCUUGCUUCCUUUAUUAUGACAGAUGAAGAGGAGAUUUCUCUUUUCGAAGACGAUCAAAGCCCAACCAAUCAAGCUAUGACUGAUUGCUUCGACCAAUAUGUUGAGUCAGAUGCAAUGGAUCAGUUGAGGACGAAACGGUGUCGUCUUGAGGCUUCAGUGGGCGCCACUAUUGCAGCAGCAUCAGAAGAUACCACCGUUUUAACCGAUAACCCGAACCAGAGCAAUUCGGGUGGGCCGAAUCAGAGGCGGUUGUGGGUGAAAGACCGGUCGAAGGAUUGGUGGGACGAGCGUAACCACCAGGAUUUUCCUGACGAACAGUUUAAGCGUGAUUUUCGGAUGAGUAAGGCCACGUUUAACGUGAUUUGUGAGGAUCUGGAAUCGGCGGUUAUGAAGAAGAACACCUUGCUUCGUGACGCUAUUCCGGUUCGCCAACGCGUGGCGGUCUGUAUUUGGCGGCUGGCCACGGGUGAACCGCUCCGGGUCGUGUCGAAACGGUUCGGGUUAGGGAUAUCCACGUGUCAUAAGCUGGUGCUGGAGGUUUGCUCGGCGAUUAAAACGGUUUUGAUGCCCAAGUAUUUACAGUGGCCCGAUGAGCAGAGAAUUAAAAAAAUUAAAGAAGAAUUCGAGCAUAUUUCUGGGAUAUCAAAUGUUGGAGGAUCAAUGUACACAACUCAUGUGCCAAUCAUCGCCCCCAAGGCCAGUGUCGCCGCUUAUUUCAACAAGAGACACACAGAGAGGAACCAGAAGACGUCUUACUCCAUUACUGUUCAGGGAGUCGUCGAUCCGAAAGGCGUUUUCACUGAUGUUUGCAUCGGCUACCCAGGCUCAAUGCCGGAUGAUCAAGUUCUUGAAAGGUCAGCUUUGUCUCAACGGGCCAACCGCGGGCUUUUGAGAGACGUUUGGAUCGUGGGAAACCCUGGGCAUCCAUUGAUGGACUGGGUUCUGGUGCCGUAUACACAGAAGAAUCUGACAUGGGCACAACACGAAUUUAACGAGAAAAUUGGGAAGAUUCAGCUGGUGGCUAAGGAAAGUUUUGCGAGAAUGAAAGGCAGAUGGGGUUGUUUGCAAAAGAGGACUGAAAUGAAACUACAAGACCUCCCUGUAGUCAUUGGAGCCUGCUGUGUUUUGCAUAAUAUUUGUGAGAUGAGAAAUGAAGAGAUAGAUCCUGAGCUGAAAUUUGACCUCUUUGAUGACGAGAUGAUUCCUGAAAAUAUUUUUAGGUCUCAAUCUUCUGCUCAGGCUAGGGAUCAGAUUGCUCACAAUCUUCUUCACCAUAGGCUUGCCGGGCCUUCCUUUCUAGGUUGAUUUCCGAUUUUGCAUUGUUAUUGCAGCAUAGCUUGUUAGUUAUUACACAGGUAUGUCGCUAUAGGAAUAAAUUAUCAGUCAAUUUUUUUGUGGGUUCACUUCAUGUAUAAAAUUUGUUUGCCCUCUUGACUAAUAAAUUAUGAUGUUCAAUUA